UGGUGACAUGCCAAUCAGCUAAUCAACUCAAAACACCUGCAAAGGUUUCCUGAGCCUUCAAAAUGGUCUCUCAGUUUGGUUCACUAGGCUACACAAUCAUGGGGAAGACUGCUGAUCUGACAGUUGUCCAGAAGACAAUCACUGACACCCUUCACAAGGAGGGUAAGCCACAAACAUUCAUUGCCAAAGAAGCUGGCUGUUCACAGAGUGCUGUAUCCAAGCAUGUUAACAGAAAGUUGAGUGGAAGGAAAAAGUGUGGAAGAAAAAGAUGCACAACCAACCAAGAGAACCGCAGCCUUAUGAUCGUCAAGCAAAAUCGAUUCAAGAAUUUGGGUGAACUUCACAAGGAAUGGACUGAGGCUGGGGUCAAGGCAUCAAGAGCCACCACACACAGACGUGUCAAGGAAUUUGGCUACAGUUGUCGUAUUCCUCUUGUUAAGCCACUCCUGAACCACAGACAACGUCAGAGGCGUCUUACCUGGGCUAAGGAGAAGAAGAACUGGACUGUUGCCCAGUGUUCCAAAGUCCUCUUUUCAGAUGAGAGCAAGUUUUGUAUUUCAUUUGGAAACCAAGGUCCUAGAGUCUGGAGGAAAGGUGGAGAAGCUCAUAGCCCAAGUUGCUUGAAGUCCAGUGUUAAGUUUCCACAGUCUGUGAUGAUUUGGGGUGCAAUGUCAUCUGCUGGUGUUGGUCCAUUGUGUUUUUUGAAAACAAAAGUCACUGCACCCGUUACCAAGAAAUUUUGGAGCACUUCAUGCUUCCUUCUGCUGACCAGCUUUUUAAAGAUGCUGAUUUCAUUUUCCAGCAGGAUUUGGCACCUGCCCACACUGCCAAAAGCACCAAAAGUUGGUUAAAUGACCAUGGUGUUGGUGUGCUUGACUGGACAGCAAACUCACCAGACCUGAACCCCAUAGAGAAUCUAUGGUGUAUUGUCAAGAGGAAAAUGAGAAACAAGAGACCAAAAAAUGCAGAUGAGCUGAAGGCCACUGUCAAAGAAACCUGGGCUUCCAUACCACCUCAGCAGUGCCACAAACUGAUCACCUCCAUGCCAUGCCAAAUUGAGGCAGUAAUUAAAGCAAAAGGAGCCCCUACCAAGUAUUGAGUACAUAUACAGUAAAUGAACAUACUUUCCAGAAGGCCAACAAUUCACUAUAAAUGUUUUUCUUAUUGG